AUGAUUUCGCUAGGCUUCAUCAUAGGUCUAAGGAACCAGGAGAACAGACGAAGCAAAAGGUGCGAAACAAAGAUAAAGGAUCGUCUUUUCUCGGGGGAACUAUCGGAUGGUGGCAACGGACGAACCAGAGAUCAAAAUGGUGUCCCGAGAGGGCAUCUUGCGGUCUACGUGGGGCGUGAAGAGAUGCAGAGGUUCGUGAUACCAACCAAGUAUCUUGAAUAUCCUGAAUUUAGGGUUUUGAUGGAUGAAGUAGCGGACGAGUUUGGGUAUGAACAUGAAGGAGGGAUUCAUAUUCCUUGUGAGGAAAGUGUUUUUGAAGAGAUUCUGAUUAGAUACAUGUCUUGUGACAAGAAGAAAUAA